UUGCCGAUAGAACGGUCUUGAAGCCAUUGUCGCUGUCCGUCAACCAGGGUCAACAUGCGCCGACGUUCCCUCACGCCGUCCACGGUACAGAGAUUGUCGAUAUGCAUGGAUACAAAGAAACCAACAGGUCUGGGCAAACGCCACAUUCAGGCUGCGAUGGCUUUCAUGUGUUUCGCCCUCGCAUACUCCAUGAGGGUCAACCUCUCCGUGGCUAUCGUGGCGAUGACGGAGCCCCUGGAUAAGGACCUGAUGGUGUUAGACUGGGAUAGUUCUGAACAAGGACUUAUUCUGAGCUCGUUCAACUGUGGAUAUAUCAUCCUUAACAUUCCUGGAGGACAUCUGUCACGCGUGUUGGGCCCUAAGUACCUUAUGUUUGGUGCCAUUAUGGUAUCUUCUGUGAUGACCCUUCUCGUACCCUACAUAGCCCUGAACUUCAACUGGAUUGUCUUCUGCUCGUCUAGAGUACUCAUAGGACUUUCACAAGGAUUCAUCUAUCCCUCAAUCAACACGCUGAUGUCGAAAUGGGCACCGCCUGAAGAGAGGAGCAAGCUAGUGUCAUUUGUGUACAUAGGUUCUCAGUUUGGUACGAUGGUAACCCUGUUCGCAGCCGGGUACUUGGCCGCUAGUUCUUGGGGCUGGCCCAGUGUCUUCUACAUCACAGGUCUGUGUGGGUUACUGUGGUCUGCGAUCUGGCUGUAUGUAGGAGUCAACACUCCAGACUGUCACCCUUCCAUCAGCGACAACGAGCGAGACUACAUCAAAGCCUCUUUGCCCAAUUCCUCCGAUAUAAGUAGUUUGAUGCCGACUCCUUGGAAACAGAUACUAACGUCUAAACCAGUGUGGGCCUUGGCUUUCACCCACUUAUGCCAGAACUGGGGCAAUUCCGUGCUGUUUAACAUGUUGCCAAACUUUAUUAAUCAUAUUCUUGGAUUUGGAAUUGGAAAUGACGGAUUAAUAGUGUCCUUGAUGUACUUACUUAUGUGCAUAUUGGCCGGCAUAUUCUCUUUGAUGACAGAUUACUGCAAUAAAAGGAAAUUACUACCCCUGACAUUCGUAAGGAAGGCGUGGAACACUCUUGCGCACUGGGGAACGGCGCUAUUCAUGGUACUCUUGACCUUCACCGCCUCCAGCAACGUAGCUACCAUCGCUCUUCUGACCAUCAUUACCUCUCUGAACGCUGCUACCUACUUGGGCUUCCUGUCCAACCACAUAGACCUGUCACCUAACUUUGCAGGGCUCCUCAUGGGUAUCACGAACGGCCUUAGCAACAUCAGCUCCUUCUCUGGACCCGUAGUCACUGGGUUCAUCGUGAACGAUGAGACGAACAGAGGUGAGUGGAUGAUUGCUUUCUAUAUAUCGGCUGCAACAUAUUUCCUGGGCAAUUCAGUCUUCCUUUUGUUCGGCUCAGCUGAGAUACAAUCUUGGAAUGACCCGAUUGUACAAGAGGAGAAGAGUACAAAAGUGACAAGAUAUUCCGAACACGUUACAUCAACGACUUGAAUAGAACCGAAAAAACCGACAAAAGAAAUUGACUUGUAUACGAUUAAAAAUAUCAUUCAUUA